CUGAUAGGCGGCACUGACUGGCACUGAUUGGCAGCACUGAUAGGUGGCACUGGACUGGCACUGAAAGGCAGCUGAGAUGGGCACUGAUAUGUGGCACAGAUGAGCACUGGCAGGAGGCAUGGAUGAGCACUGAGAGCUGGCACUGAUGGACACUGACAGGUGGCGCUGCUGGGGCUACACAGAUCAUCAUCAGGGCACGCUGAUCAUCAGUGCUCUGAUGAUCUGUCUGUCACUGUUUACAUGUGAUCAGCUGUGAUUGGACACAGCUGAU